AUGGCCCUCGAGUCCAAGGCGACGAUGGACGACGACGUGGCGGCGACGCCCGCCGGCGGCCUUCACGGCAGCACCGUCUCCACGUACGCGACGACGUUCCAGCCGCCCGAGUGGGCGGUGCCACCUCCAGAGAAGAGCAUCGCCGCACGCUUCGAGGUCCUGCGCAUGAACAAGAACGUGGGCACGCACGAGCUGGGCGGACGCCAAGUCACGGUCUUUGGCCGCGAGCAGAACGGCUGCGACUUUGUCUUGGCCAACCCGUCCGUCUCGCGCAAGCAUGCGACCGUGAUCCACUGCGCCAAAGGCGGCGUCUACAUCGUCGACCUCAUGUCGCGCCAUGGCACGUUUGUCGGGAAGACCAAGAUCCCGCCGCACGACCCGUACCUCUUGCACGAGGGCGACGUUGUGACCUUUGGCCAGAGCUGCCGGACGUACGUUCUCAAGGGCACCGACCCCACAGGCUUGAGCCAAGCGGUGAAGAAGCCGUGGCGGCUCAAGUCGCUCGUGCCCCGGUUUGGUGCCGGCAGCAGCAGCCAUCCUACGCCGGCGAAGAAGCCGACGCGCAAGUACAACGACAUUUGCAUCAAGAUGGUCAACAAGAUCUGCAGCGGUACCUUCUCGCCCGAGCGGGGCGAAGAAUUUGCCAACGAAGUCUCGGAACUCGACGACGACCUCGUCGAUGACGUGGCAGGCCUCCUCGUCGAGAAGGUCACGCGCCAGUAUGCGAACGCGACGCUCGUCAUCCUGGCGCUCCUCGACGCGCACGUUGGGCUCCAAGCGUUUGAAAACAACUUGACGCCGAUCGUACAAGUGUCGCAGAGCAACCUCGAUGCGCGCAAGAUUUUACAAGUGGUCGCCGAGGCGCGGAUAGAGUCGACGAGCCGCAUGGACACGCCCAACCACAGCGACGACGACGGCGGCGACGGCGACGACGACUACCGCAACGACGACUAUGCUCCCCCAGAUGUGAGCUACGCGCCGCCGUCGAUUCCGUAUGCGCCACCGGCCUCAACGUAUGCGCCACCGGCCUCGACGUAUGCGCCACCGGCAGCCGCCGUGUUUGCACCGCCGCCGGCGACGUCGCCGCCGCGAACGCAUGCGCCGCUUCCCGCCGACGCGCCGCACUACAACGACGACGACGAAGAGGAAAAGGCCGAAGAGAUGACGUCGCCGAUGCCAGACCGGGCCCGCCAGCGCGUCUUGAGCAACGAAGGCAAGCGGCUCUUUGCCCAGGCCACGCACUCGCCCGUCGCGGCAGCGUCUGGCUUCAGCUUUAUCACGCCGAGCAGUCCGUCGCCGGUCGCGGCCGUCUCGGCCUUUGGGUUCAUCACGGCCAGCGCGGCGCCAGAUGACACCGAGUAUGACGACGACGAGAACGACUAUGCAGAUGACGACGACGACGAGUACGACGACCAAGAGGAAGACGACGACGGCUACGCGCCCGUGGAAAUCCCCGAGGGCUUUCUGAGCGAGCGUAGCACGAUGGACCCGCAAGACUUUUCCAAUCUCUGGCAGUGCGCCACCGUCUCGGAAGAGUGGGACCAAGACCUCUCACCCGAGUACGACGCCGACUUGCUCGAGCGCUGUCUCUGGGGCCUCCACGUGACGCUGCUUUCGACCAGCGUCGUUGGUGGCAGCCAAACGUUUUUGUACCACGCCGAACAGAUGUCGAAUGGCACCAUCUUCCUCGUCGAGGUUGUCGCCAACGAGACGCUCGGCGAGCUCUCGGCAACGUUCAAGUGGAUCGAACUCGGCUUGCUCUACGACGACGGCCACUUGGUAUUUAUCCAGCUCUUUAAAGAGUGCCUCGAGCCGUGCUACACGCCCAACCACCCGCGGACACCGUACUUGCGGAUGCUCGAGCCGCCACCGGCGCCGGCACCGUCGCCCGUCGCAUCGGUGCACGGUACAACCACGACCGAGCACCCCUCCGCACCGACCGACAACGACAACGACAACGAGGAUAUCGACGAUGACAGCGAGGAUGGUGCGGGCGAAGAGCUGGUAAUUGACGACACGGCGUCGUUCGAGGCUGCGCUCUCGACGAUCCCAGAGCUCGACCCAUCGACGUUUGAGGCCUUGUGGCGGGACGCCCUCGACUUGGACACGAUCGCCGACACGGUGGACCGGCAUUUGCCGCCGGCCGCCGACGUCAUUGCGCAUUUUCACGCGCGGCGCGUGUUUUGCAUUGCGUACGGCGCUGUCCCGAACGUCGGCGAUAAAUUCUUCUUUUAUGCCCAAACGGCGGCGUCGCAGUGCUUGUACUUUCUCGAGCUCACGCUGGAGCGCGAAUCCACGGACGUUACGGCAGUCUGCAAGUACGCGCCGACACGGACGCACCCUGUCCAGGAAGACAUUGCCAUUUGGUUUAUCGGCCUCGUCGAAGAGAUCCUCGUCGAGCUCGAGUAG